CAGACCUUCAGCCUCUUAGUGGCACCUUACUGCUGAUCCCCUCCUCGCUCUGCAUCAUGAUCCUGAACAUGCUCGUCCCUGCUCUCAUCCUCGGUGUUGUGGAGUUACAAUCAGUCAACGUGACAGAGCUGAGCAGCGUUCAGGGGAACCAAACAUUCAUUACGACUACCGCCGUUUACAGUACUUCGAAGCCUGAAAAUUUGACAUCCAAGUUCAACAAAGAUGAGCGGCAUAGGAUUGAGGAUGAGCUUCUGAACAACAACACUUCUAAAUUCAUCACGGAGGACAAUGAGGACUUUCAGAACCAGGGGACUGGACUUCCAGGCAAACGUUGCCAUCAGAACCUGCUAGUAGAGUACAGUCACAUCAUCUGUGGAGACAUUUUCCACAGGGCCAUGAUGUCGAUCAGCAGAGAAAACUGGUGUGUCCUGGACAAUAUACUCAUGCCGUACAACACCAUGACUAUAUGCCUGGAGAAGCUCUCUGACAGGGUAGGCUGUUAUUACCCGAACCCAAACAUCCAGGACUUCUUCAUCCAGAUCCACUCGUCCUACUUCCAGAACUGUUCCAACGAGGAGCUCCUGAUGGUGGACGCUCCUCAGGGGCUGGUGAUCGCCCUCACGCUCAUCCCUGUGAGCGUCAUCCCCAUACUGGUUUAUCUGGUGAUCUGGAAAAGCAAAGUCCAGGAGUAAACCUCCAAUAUAUAUUUUUCGAUGACGAUAUGCUCCACAAGAAAAAUGCUGCAGAGUUUUUUUAAAGAAACAUUUGAUGAGGCCGUCCGGUUUGAUGAAACCGACCGACUCUAAUGUUUAGGAGCUGUUUAUUGCUUUUUAUGUGUAUUCUGUAUUGAAAGAAUAGUUCAACAUUUGUGUAAAUAUGUUUAUCCGCUCCUUGCUGAAUAUUUUGACACUUAUAUCAGCUCUUUAAACCUUACCUCAGAUAAAGAAAUAAAUUACAAUCUCAACAAAUAACGUCUUUGUCCAAAAGAGAGUUUUAGGAAGUUUGAGGAAUAAUCUCUCUCCAUCUCCUGACCUGUUCUAAAAACACAAAAGUGGGGCGCUGGUGGCUCAGUGGUUAGUGCCUGCACCCCAUGUACGGAGGCUGUACUCCAGUUUUGAAUAAAAGCUGAUGUGGCUCCUUU